GUCUGUGUGCAUUCAUGCACGGACACAUAACCCAUGUCAUCUAUGAGCCUUGCCAAUGGCCCCAACUCAGAACUGGGUUUAGGUAGGUUUCUAAAAAUGAGGUUUGGCCACCAGGCUGGGAGUGGAAAGUGGGCAUUUGUAUGUUAUCCCCCAUGUUUUGGGGAAGACAGCUAGGACAUGUCUGACUUUUGAGAGGCUCCAAAGCCAUCUUGCUGGCAGUGCCCUCUGCAGCUGACAUCCAGGACCUUGGGCCAGGCCCGGGGGGUUGGGCCCAGGGUGUGAGCUAGUGCUGUGGGGCAGCUGGGGAUCCCAGUCCUGCCUUUGUCUGGGCUCUAGGUUUGAGCUGUUGAGUGAAGGUUCUCUGCAUGCUCUGGAAAUGGACUCCCUGUAUCUGACUAAGUACCUCCCGCUUGAAUGCUUCUCCCACAGAGCAGCACCAGUUCUGAUGUGGGGAGAGAUGGCAUGGACACUGUUCCCAUCUAGGCUACAAGCUGCUGUCUAGUUUGUGUGGGUGAGCAGGUGGGAGGGCAUGAGUGCAGAUUGGAUGUUUGGGUUGUAUCUGAUGACUCUUUCCUUCACGUAGGGUCCCAGGUGUCCCAUUAUAGCUUUCUAAGACCAAAAGGGAGAGGCGGGGAGGCCAAGGGCUGGCCCGGACACGGGUGCUGUAUGAGCACAUGCUUUGCAUUUACCCCGCAGGCCAUCUCAAUGGUGUAUUCUUUCCUUACCCCGUCCCAUCUUUCCUGACUCGUGUCCUAAUUACCUACAAGUCUAGGAACGACAAACUCUGAGCCAGCCACUUGUCAUCUCACCUUUAAUGCCUGGUCCACUGCUCUGGGUUCUGUGGUUUUGUCGGCAGGGAGAACUUACAUGUGUUUGCUACUGGAGCUCCAAGUAGAAACCCUACAUUUUUGCCCUGUGUAUUUGCCAGGCCUGGCCUGAGGCCAGUGGGACCAGGCCCUUUGGGUGUACUGACUGUGGGGCCGUAGAAGAGAAAAGGCCACAGUGCCAUCCAGAUGGAGCUUUCACCCAUGACCAAGAUGUCUCUGUUAUGAGCCUCCCCUCCCGAGGGUUCUGGGCCACUGACACGGUGCAGUUGACCUUGGCGUUCCCCGGAGCCAGGCACCUAGGCAGCCGGGACCUGUGUACCGGCCGAGGCUGUGCACUCCUGUGGCUGUGCACACACUGCUCUCUCCCCCCAGGAACCAGGGCCGGCCAAGAUGGCUGUCACCAGCAGCAGCAGCAUUCCCAGUGCUGAGAAGGUCCCCACCACCAAGUCUACACUCUGGCAGGAAGAAAUGAGGGCCAAGGACCAGCCUGAUGGGAGCAGCCUCAGUCCAGCUCAGAGUCCCAGCCAGAGCCAGCCUCCUGCUGCCAGCACCCUGAGGGAACCCGGGCUGGAGAGCAAAGAUGAGGAGAGCACCAUGAGCAGCGACCGCAUGGACUGUGGCCGCAAAGUCCGGGUAGAGAGCGGCUACUUCUCCCUGGAGAAGACCAAGCAGGACUUGAAGGCCGAGGAGCAGCAGCUGCCCCCGCCGCUCUCCCCUCCCAGCCCCAGCACCCCCAGCAACAGGUAUAGUGGCCCCGGACCGCCCUCCCAGGAGCUUGGUCAUCCCCUUCCUUCCCCAGGUUCUCGAACCCCCAGCCGAAUGGUCUGCAGCAGCUCCCUUGGCUCCCUGGAUGUGGCCAGCCGGCCCCCCGCCCGCAUGGACUCCGGCAGCGCUGGGGGGCGGGGAGCAGAGACACCCGGGCGCACCUUUGCCUUUAAAGCCAGCAGGCAGUAUGCCGCCCUGGCCGACGUCCCUAAGGCCGUCAGGAUCAGCCACCGAGAAGCCUUCCAGGUGGAGAGAAGGCGGCUGGAGCGUAGGACUCGGGCCCGGAGCCCUGGCAGGGAAGAGGUGGCCCGUCUGUUUGGCAGCGAGAGGAGGUAAGGAGGGGGUUAUAGGGCCACACGUACCACGGACAUACUCCGCCGCUUUACGCAGUCUCUCGUGUACACUCCUAUUCUCCCUUACACAUACACACUCACACUGUCUGUGUUCUUGUACGUGCUUUUUGCACUCUUCCCAGAAACACACACACUUUGACAUACACAUUUCCGCAUUCCCUAAGCCUUCCUCGGGGGAGUGCACUUGUCCUCCCUUUCUGUUCAGAGCACGUGUGGAAGGUUUCCCUUUUGACCCUGGACUCUGGUCACGCAACUCGCAGCCCCUGGUAGCCAGAAGCGUAGCAUCUCGGGACUCUUAGACACCUAGGCCAGAGGCCAGCUGCUUCCUGUGAGUGACUCCUGGCACUGAGACCUUAAGGGCCCCUGGGCAUGUUCUCAGCCACCUGGGCCUUGUGUAGCUGGAUCUUUUCCUUCCUGGCCCAUCUCUGUCCUCUGAGAUGACCGUGGGGGCAGGAAGAGCCUGGAGAAGCGGAUGGUGGCAGAAGCUCCCCUUGCCCUUCCAGUCUUAGGCAUGGGUGAAGGGCAUGGAAGGCGGUGGGGUGGGCAGCACAGGGAAGCCGGGCAGCCUCUGACACUCCCGGGCGCCCUGAAGCAUCACUGCAUCCAGGCUUGGCUGGAAUGUGAGAUGGGGAGGCUGACAGAACCACAGCUUCCUGGAGAGACACAGGGUUCAGAGAGGGAACCUAGGACAGGGACUGGGACAGAGGCGUGGAUCUCAUCUGUGGUCUGAAGAGAGGAGGGCUCUGUCCUCCCUUCUGGUUCCACUGGCCCUGUGCUUCCCAGAGAGCCGGGGAGAGAGCUGGGUUCCAUCUCUGAGGCCCUGGCCUGGACCAGAGCGCUCGAGUGCCCCCUUCUUUUAGGAGCUUCCGUCGGAGUCUGUAAAUGGAGCCUUUGCCCUGACAACAGGGUUCUCACCCAGGUUCAGGGGUGAACUGCCUAAGGUCCAUGAACCCCUCUAAAUGAUUUGAGAGUCCAUGUGUACGUUUUUCUGAGAAAAGAAAAACCAUAAUUUUCAUUAGAUUCCCAAAGAAACUCACUUUUUGGAAAAAAAGAUUCAGACCUAAAUUCCAAAAGCAUUCCCAGAGUGUCCUCUCCACCCUCCUGAAGCCUAAGUAAAGCUCAGAGUUGGGGCAUGCUGUGGGGACGGGGCAGGGGGGCGACGGGCUUCCCCUGUCAAGGGGCCACCUGCGAGCAGGAUGCCUUUCCCAAUACACACCUACUCUCCUAAAGCCCCAGGUGGAAAGGACCUGUGCACUUGGGCGUCCACCUCCAGAAUAAGGAGGAGCUGCCCAGAGUUGUUGGUCUUAAGAAGAGAAAGAAACAGAUGUGCCUGAUUCCUAGGCAGAGGGAGAGGGAAGCUGACCUAGUGCCUGGGAGGUGACCUCCAAGCACUUGGCUGUCUUCUUGUUUGGUCAAUAACCCCGAGAGCUCCUGUGUCCAAUCCCAGUGUGUGGUUGUGGAGAUGAGGCCUCAGAAGCGGGGAGACUCCUCGAGGCAACAGCCGGGUGCAGCAGAGCCAGGACGCACCUCCCCGCUGGGCCUUUUACUGGGAAGACCCCGCUCCCAUGAUGUGACCCAGGAGGGGGCUGAGGCUGUCCUUUAAGCAACUAAGUGGAGGGGCUUGCCAGAGACUUAGAAGGCCUGUGGGCCAGGGCGGGGGAGGCUUCACACUGGCUGGCGGGCAGGCGAUGGGUCCUGGAGGCUCCUGGGUGGGCAGCUAGGCCCUGGUGUAGCGGCAGACCAAAGAAUUAACAUUCAGCACACCUGCUUGGCUUCAGACUUGUUCUUGUCUAGUCGCCUGGGGUAGAUGGCAUCUCCAGGGCUUUACUUUCUGCAUGUUCCUCGCCACCACAGAGAUGGGUUUUCACCGGGUCCUGGCACCCCACCAGCUCUGCAUCCUAACAUUGUAAUGUCACUUUCUUACCCUAAUGACAUCUGACUGGCUGCUGUCACUUUGCAAGGCCUGCGCCCUGCUCCCAAGUAGCCUUCCCUGUGCGUGAUUGGAGUCCCAGAUCCUGGUUGAAUAGAGCAGAGCCCCGUAUUGGCAGGACGUCUGCCGCGGCUAUCCGGAGUGGCAGCCGAGCCAGGCCUGCCCAGGAGCCAGGCUUGGGGGACAGGGGGGGCCGGUCUCCUGACAAGGAAGCCUUUAUGGGCCAAUCUGCUCUGCUCUUGACGUUUGCUCCAGAGCUUUUAGAAUGUUUCUUGGGUGCUGAGUCACUGCUGAAGCAGCCUGCGGAGGCCAUGGCCCUUGUCGAGUUCCUGGUGACUGACACCACGACCGGCUCCUGUGCGGUCCUCACAGCCCCUCAGCUGGGAACCUGGGGAGGUGAGGCAGGGCAGCGGGGCCAGUGCCCCCUUUCUGUGCUGUCCGCCAGCCCAGGGAGCCAUUUGCGGCCGCACAUGCAGUACCUCAAGGGAGCCAGUAUACAGACUGCUCACUCACUUUGCAAACUAAGUGGGCUGACGGGCCCAAUUUGCUUUCCUCAUUGGACUCCUCUCUUGGCAGCCCUGGCAGGUCUGCAGCAUGCGAGUUGCACAGGACUCGGUGGAGCACUUGUUCCACAUGGCCUUCCCGCGGCUUUCUAGGCCCCACGGUCAGUUGGAGGGGCUCUCAUUCUGCAAAUGACGGUGCCUAGGUCUGUACGUGGGCCUGGAACCUUCCCCAAACCCUCUAGGAUGGUGGGGCACACGGCGUCAUCUUCCCGAGCAGGCUGAGCGCUGACAGGAGCUUCCUGUGGUUCUCUGAGCUUCCCGCGCUCACCACGCACACCCUCUGCUGCGGCUGCGCUCCCUCAGCCUAACUGCAGGUCGGCCUGGGAACAAGCUCUGUUCCUGGAGAAGAUUCUGCAGAAGCUUAGGGCUCCAGAGCUCCUGCUUUGUGUGUAAGCACAGAGAUGAGCAGGGGGCCCAGCAGCCCCGAGACUUCUACCCUUGGUCUUUGGCCUUCUUUGAUGAAGAAACCCUAAGAUCCGUUUUUACUAGUAACCUUUCCUGAAUAAAAGCUAGUCUCUUGGCAGGGUCUCAGGAUUUGAGCCCAUUUCCUCUUUUUCCUUAUAGAGUUAGAUAUUAGUCUUCAGUUAGAUUUUAAUCUUGGGCUCAGGGGCCCUUCACUUGCUUCCCGUUGAUUCUGAAUGCAAGCAAAACCCUUCCUGUGAGGUGACCUUGGGGAGCUUGCCUGGGUGUCCCUGGGAGGACAGGCCUCUGGUGUGGUGACAUGUUAAUGUUGUAAAAAAAAAAAACAAAAACAAAAUUCAACUGAGUAAAUUCUGAACAUCUUAUUGGCUUUA